UAAAAACCGGAAAUGUCUAGCCUACAAAAUUUCAAGAGUUUCUACUAGACUAACUUUGAGAGAUUAUCUUGAAAGAGUGCUUCCCUGUUGGUACCAUCCUACUUGGAUUUAUCAUAAUCAUUUGUAUGACAUAUAACUGAAGUCACAGCCAGAGAGAGAUAUAUGUAUACAAUGGAAAAAGAGCAUAAAACCCUUCUCCAAAGAAAGAGAGUAGAACUUCUAGACAUAAAUGUCGGUCCAAAGUUCAUGGGGUAUCUCUUUGCUGUUGAAAUACUAUCCAGGGAUAUGAAAGAGGAACUGGAGGCUAUUCCAGAGCCAACUAGAAGGGCUUCAAGGUUCCUGGAUCUGAUUGUGAGAAGAGGACCCAAAGCCUUUAAUGAACUGUAUGAAGCUUUGAUAAGGACAUCUCAGGGAGAUCUUGCAGAUAUCUUAAAGCCAGAUCAGGCAGAAAAAAGACAGAAAGAUGAGGAUAGAAGAAUUGAAGCAAUGAAGGCAAGCAUGCCUGCAAGUCCUAGCCAUGGUAGUAGUCCAUUAAGGAGGAGUGGAGACUCCUUCAGGGGACAACCAAUUGACACUGCAAGUGAAGAUGAACCUCUCCCUGAAGAAUGGCCUCUGCCUAAAGAUUCCUGGUCUGCUUUAGCUGAAAUUAACAGCAUGAAAGAGAUGCGUAUUCAAUCACAAGCUUGGGAAGAUCGUUACAAUGGAAAAAACCCUGAUUAUUACCCGAUGAACUCCUCACCAAAAGGACGGAUGAUUAUUAUCAAUAACAAGAAUUUUGACAAAUCUAAAGUCAAACUCAGUUAUAGAGAAGGUACCGAUAAUGAUGCUACCUGUCUUAGUCAACUCUUCAGGAAGUUAGGCUAUUCUGUACAGGAUAGUAAAUCCUGGAAAGACUUAACUGCUAAAGAGAUUAAAGAAAAACUACAAAAGGAAAGCCAACUUGAGAGUCACAAUCGUCAUACAUCAUUUAUAUGUGCGAUCCUUAGUCAUGGUGCCAAGGGUAAUAGGAUCUAUGGAGUGGAUGGGGAUACCAUAGCUAUGAAGGAUAUAAAGGAAAUAUUUCAAAAUUGUCCAGCUUUGACAGGGAAACCAAAGAUUUUUAUUGUGCAAGCUUGUCAGGGCAGUGCAAAAGACACUGGGGUUUUGGAUACCAGUUUUAAUUCCAGCAUGUCAUAUGACACAGAUCAAGGACGUCAAUCUCCUGUGCAAUUUUCUAAUCGAAUCAAACCUGCCCCUUGUGAAUCAACUGAUCCAUCACUAAAGUCUCCAACUGAAUCAGGGGACGACUCUAUGGAUGCAAGCUAUGGGGAAUUUGGUGACUCAAUAGAUUCAGUCCCAACAAGCAUGCCCACGGCACAAUCUUGUGAUUCACUAAAAAGUCUUCCUGGUAACUCAGAUAUCCUCGUUGCGAAUGCGACAACAGAUGAUAUGGCCUCGUGGAGAAUACCAGAUGUGGGCACUUGGUUCAUUCAAGCCAUCAUAUAUGUGUUUGCUAGAUAUGCACAUAACACUGAGAUAGGACAUCUCUUCAGGAAGGUGAAUCAUUUAGUAUCAAAGGCCACAACAAAGAAGCUUCCACUACAGUACAAACAACAGUCCUGCAUAGAUGAAACUCUAAGACUGCAGCUGUAUUUCUAUCCCGGCAUGGGCUCUGAAAAUGUUUUAUAACUGCAGCUGUAAAUGAAACCUGGCUUGUUAAUACUGUAGAUUGGGUUAAUUUGACGCCUUGGCAGUUUUGGCGAAAUAGAAGAAACAGUCAAUUUAUAUCUUCUGGCAAAGUUCCGAAAAAUUCGAGGGGUCUUUCCUGGGAAUUUCGUCCUGUAUUCUGUGAAUUAAGUCACUUCUGGUUUAGUUUUU